AGUCGUACCUCUGGGCCUUUGGGUUGCCAUCCUCCAUGGGUGGUGUCUUUUGCUGGCGUACACUAGGUAGGUACCUGUGUCUCUGCAGCCCCAAUGGGUCGGGCUCCACAGUCCGCACCUGCUUCCCGCAUCCCAACUGCACCUGCAUCUGAUGUGCCUCCUGCUUGCCCACAACCGAUCGUUUCCCACGCUCCUUCCUCCCAGUCGACCUCACCUUCCCAUUGUUUCCUUCCCUCGUCCCUGCCUGAAUUUGUUUCCUCCCCAGCACCCAGUCACUUGCCUUCUUAAACUCCCUUCCUCCCCCACACUCACCCUUCUUGUUGUUUCCUCUUCCUCACACCAACCGGCUUGCCUGUCCCUUCUUCAGUCAACAACACAUUCCUUCACCAACGGUCGCCAGCCUCGACCUUUGCGUACAAAAGCAGUUCGUUGUCAACCCAAUUCACCAACAACAACCGCACACCACUUUCAUUUUUCGUGUCUUUGACAGACCGAACAAACAGCAACACAUACAUCACUCCUUCAGUGUAUCCAGUGAUUUUUCCACCCUCCUUCCAAGGCCGGUACUUCACGCUUCGUCAACCUCGUCGAGAAAGAAAUCAUCAACAGCUUUUCUCACAAGCACCUUCCUCGAAAAACACAAAUCUCACCAAUCCCCCACACAAGUACAACAUCCCUCGAAAUCAGCCAAGAUGUACACCAAGAAGGCUCUCUCCGUCGGCGCCGCCUCGCUCGCCCUCAUCGAGCAGGCUAUGGCUUUCAACGCUCAUCGCCACCUUCACCAGGACAAGCGCGAGCUGAAGUAUGACGUUGUCAUCGAAUGGGUCACCGUCACUGUCACCGGUGAUGAGUCGGUCCCUGCCGCCACUCCCACUCCUACUCCUCAGCCUGCGGUCCCCGAGGCCCAGUACACUCCCACCACGACUUCUACCUCGAUUGUCGUGAUCCCUACUCCCACUCCCACCCCGGUCUACGCCACCCCCAGCACCACUCUCAUCAAGUCGGUCGCUCCCAAGUCCUCUUCCCAGGCUCCUGUCGCUGAGGCCUUCUCUGAGGCUGCUGUCGCUGUUGCCGCUGUGCCUUCUACUUCUUCCGCCAAGGCCACUGCUUCAGCCGUCGUCAGCUCCAGCUCCACCGUUGGAAAGCGUGGUGUCGCUUACAAUGACCCCACCAAGGUCAACGCCUUCUUCACUGGCGCCUGCGCCAACUGCGGCUGGGCUUACAACUGGGACUCUGCUGACAACGGCAUCACUGCCACGGGUGUCAACUUCGUCCCCAUGCUCUGGGGUCCCAUCGACACUCACACCGCCCGCUGGGCCGAGAAUGUUAAGGCCUCCAUCACCAAGGGCUCUACUCACAUUCUGAGCUUCAACGAGUGCGAUAUGCCUUCUCAGUGCAACCUUGCCGCCGCCGAUGCUGCUACCCAGCACGUCAAGUACAUGAACCCCUACGCCACCACCAACGGCAAGAAGAUCCAGAUCGGAGCCCCUGCCAUCACCAACAGCAACAUUGCUGGCCAGGGUCUCGACUGGCUCAAGGCUUGGGUCUCUGCCUGUGACACCGCCGGCUGCACUUACGACUUCUGCGUCACCCACUGGUACUCUCCCUCCACCGCUGCCGACACCCUCUUCAGCCACCUUCAGGCCGUCCACGAGGCCUGCGGCAACAAGCCCGUCUGGUUGACCGAGUUCGCUCCCUUCGGUACCACCGAUGAGAUCUCCAGCUUCGUCUCUACCAACGUUCCCAAGCUUGACAGCCUGUCGUACCUCGACCGCUACUCUUACUUCAUGGCUUCCGAUGGCGUUCUCAACUCCGGCUCUGGCCUCAGCGCCCUCGGCCAGACCUACGCCGCCGCCGCUUAAGCUGCUUGAAGCAGGAACGGUUGACUUCUUCGAUUCUGGCACACAAUUACUAGGGACAGCAAAUGUGUAUUUUUGGUUCACCGGGAUUUUCGGGCGGGCCACUUUCUGAAAGUGAACAAACACUUUCUCUUUUCUUCUUCUGCUGUACAUACAGUUAACCAUUUUCUCUUUUUCGGGACUUUCGCUUUUCACAUUCAGGGGUAGUCACUCGCUGAAUACUUUCACCACUGGAUGAUAUUUCGGGUCGGGUUUGGCUCUCUAGGUAUACCCGACAAUGGUGUUUGCGGAAUUUUUCAUAAAAAGGGGAAACGGGCUCCAGGACGAUCCAUACGAGGACCAAAAGGAUAGACUCACGAGCUACGAACACAAGGAAUACCAGGCUGCAUAAGCCACGUUAUCACAUUUAUCUGUUUUUCAAGUGACCUUGCCUGUCGUGCUGUGAUGUCGUUACGGGGUGGCCUUGGGAAAAACGUAUGUCCGGACAUACCUUGAUAGGAGGUUCAUCGUCCAUGCUGAUGGCCAAUUUAGCCGGCCUUGACUGAUUCCGUCCUGCCUUUGAAGUCUAUUGUGACCGUGACUGCUCACGUGCUCGACAGUCAGACUGACGACUGUUUUCGUGAAACGGAUGCAGGAACUAGGUCAUCUGGUGUAAAGCAAAAUGGAGUUCGUAUGAUGAGAAGAGACCUUGGUGAAUAUUCGCGGCCGUCACAUUCCGUCCCAGCAGCAUGCGUCCUUCACCGGCACAGGUUCCGUCCGGCGAAUCACUGCCCAAAGUAGAUUCACAGCACGAGGGACGACACAAUCCGUUACGGCACGAGUUCCAUACGGUAUAUUACGGUGUAUGGAAUAUGGUUUUAAGCUUCACCUGGGGGUAUGUCACAAAUGCCCGUGCGGUUGGACCGGGAGUCCGGGAGUCCUAUACUUGGGUGCUUGUCCUUGCCCUUGUGGGAAAGAAAAAAGUGUUGCGUUUCUUACGUAGGUCGGAGCUCUCUCCAAGGGUGAAGAAGCUUUUUUUCCAUUGCGGGGGGUUUGAUGACACAUGCUGACUAGAGGG